AUGGUAUUAACAAGCUCAGCUGAGAUAGCAAAGGAAUCUUUAAGCUCUGCUGAUAAGCUUUUGAAAUUGACUAAUGACCUUGUUAAGGACCAGGGUAAUAAUGAGGUAAAGCGAGAAUUGAAGAGUAGUAAGAGACAAUAUAUUCUUGAUUCCUUUAAAGUGAAUAAGUUUCAUAAAGAUUACCAAGAAUGGGAGAAUAAGGAGAGGUUAUCAUUUAUUAAUACAGAAGUUAAACUGUUCAAUAAAAAACUAGGUGAAAUGACAAGAUUAAACGAUGAUGUUGAAGAUUCAGAGAAAGAAUUUGAUAAAUUACAUAAAAAUAUAAAAUUACCGAGUUUUGAAUUUUCGAUACAAACUAUUGAACAAUUCGAGGAUGGAAUUUAUUUGAAAUAUCUCGAGAAAGAUGAAGAAGGAAAUUACCCGUCCAAAGUUGCAAUGCUGACGAUAUUUGCACUUGAUUCUGAGUCUGGUUUGGAGACUCCAGAUUUUAGUGUUUUCAAUAAGUUACUCAAUAUCGAGUAUCGAUUAAGGAUGCAAAGGCAAAUAAAGUAUGAAGUUUUGCUAUUGGUGAAGCAACAAUUGAGAACAAAGAAUCGUAAAUGGGCUGCUAGAGAUUCUUCAUUGAAUCAGUUUAUUUCUAGAGAUUUACCUCUGGUUUUUUCCGAGGUUGAAAACAUCAAGACUAAUGAAUAUGAAGACUUGAAAGACUAUAAUGAUGAAGAGGACGAAGAUCUCGAUAUUGAUGAAGAUUCUGGAGAUAAUGAAGACGAUUUGGAAAAAGAUAGGGAAGGAACUCAAGAGCCGGAACAAAAUCAUGAAAUUUAUAGUAAAGCUCAAGAUGAAAUAUCUCAAGAUGAAAAUAAUGAAAUAGCGCAAGAAGUCGUAGACGAGAAGGACGAUGAUGAAAAGGACGAUGAUGAAAAGGAUGAUGAUGGAAAGGAUGAUGAUGGAAAGGAUGAUGAUGGAAAUGACAUUAAUGAUAACGCUCAAAUAGAUAUGACUGCUCAAAAUGACCGGCCAGAAAUUGAUGAAGAUGAUGUCAUGAAAAUUGAUUAG